AUGACGCACACCCUGCAGUCCUUCGAGACGGGCCACACGGACAUGGUGCAUGACAUCCAGCUGGACUACUCCGGGCGCAGGCUGGCGACCUGCUCCUCGGAUCGGACCAUCAAGAUCUUCGACGUGUCGGGCGACCAGCAGAUGCUCGUGGGCGACCUGCAGGGCCACAGCGGGCCCGUGUGGCAGGUGGCCUGGGCGCACGCAAAGUACGGCAGUGUGCUGGCAUCUUGCUCCUUCGACAACACUGUGAUCGUGUGGCAGGAGUUAGAAGAUGGCAGGUGGACUAAGGUGUACCAGACACCGCCCAGCCUGCACACUGCGUCAGUCAACAGCAUAUGCUGGGCACCCUAUGAGCUGGGACUCAUACUUGCUUGUGCAUCCUCUGACGGGACAGUGUCUGUUAUGGAGGGCCACCCUGAUGGGACCUGGGACACAAGGAAGAUAUAUGCAUACAUCAACGAUGUGUGGGCCCUGGAGCACAAACUUAUUGAGCACUCAGACUGGGUGCUGGAUGUUGCGUGGGCCCCAAACAUGGGCCUGCCCAAGAACACGAUCGCAAGCGCUGGUCAGGAUGGGAAGGUGCUUGUGUGGAAGGAGAGGGACAAGGCUGGUUGGGACAAGGUCCUUGUCAAAGACUUCCAGGCGCCGGUGUGGCGUUUGAGCUGGUCCAUAACCGGCAACAUUCUGGCCGUGUCGGACGCCAGCAACAACGUCUCACUCUGGAAGGAAUCUCCCACCGGAAAGUGGCAACAAGUCACCCAGUGA